AUGUAUUGUCCAGCGUCCGAGAAACUAAACAUUUAUGGUCAAGAUGCCUGCCGGAAACUUUUCCUGGUCGCUUUCGCUGUGAUCGCAGCUGUGGCUGCUGAUGUCAGUCACCUGCCCUCAAACGAGUACUUGCCCCCCGCACAGGAGGUCCAAGCCAUCGAGGCACCCAGCAACGAGUACUUGGCCCCAGAAGCCGAUUAUGCCGGUGAACAGGGCAGCCUUGCCGCCGAUGGAUACCGCUACAAGACCCACCGUCGUGUGGUGCUCCGUCGUCACCGUCGUGAUGUGAGCCAUCUGCCCUCAAACGAAUACCUGCCCCCACAGGAGGAGGUCCAGACCGUCGAAGCUCCCAGCAACGAGUACUUGGCUCCUGAGGCCGAUUAUGCCGGUGAACAGGGAAGCCUUUCCGCCGAUGGAUACCGCUACAAGACCCACCGUCGUGUUGUGCUCCGUCGUCACCGUCUACCUGCCCCCCAGUUCAGGUUGCUGCCCCAGCUCCCGCACCAGCUCCAGUCCAGAUCGUUGCUGCCCCUGCCCCAGCCCCAGCUCCAGUUGAGUACGCUGCCCCCGUUGAGGAGGCUGCCCCCCGCCCAUGAAUUGGCCGAUGAUGGAUACCGUUACAAGACCCACCGUCGCGUCGUCAUCCGCCGCAACCGUCGUGAUGUCAGCCACCUGCCCUCCAACGAAUACCUGCCACCCCAAGAGGUUGCCGCUCAGGCUCCAUCCAACGAAUAUCUGCCACCCCAGCAAGUUGCCGCUCCCGUCCAGGCUGCCCCAGCUCCCGUCGAAUACGCUCCAGUUGAGGAGGCUGCUCCCGCUCAUGAGCUCGCUGAUGAUGGUUACCGUUACAAGACCCACCGUCGCGUUGUGAUCCGUCGCCACCGUCGUGAUGUCAGCCACCUGCCCUCAAACGAAUACCUGCCCCCUCAGUCUGCUGCUCCCUCUGCUGAGUACCUGCCCCCUGUCCAGGUUGCUGCCCCAGCUCCAGUCCAGGUCGUUGCUGCCCCUGCUCCUGCCCCAGCCCCAGUUGAGUACGCCGCUCCCGUUGAGGAAGCUGCUCCCGCUCAUGAGCUCGCUGAUGAUGGUUACCGUUACAAGACCCACCGUCGCGUUGUGAUCCGCCGCAACCGUCGUGAUGUGAGCCACCUCCCAUCCAACGAGUACUUGCCCCCAGUCCAGCAGGAGGCCGUGCCCACCAGCGAAUACCUGCCCCCAGUGUCCAACGUUGUCGAUGAGUACUCCGGUGUUGAGCAGGGCAACCUCGCCAACGAUGGCUACCGUUACAAGACCCACCGUCGCGUUGUCCUCCGUCGCCACCGUCGUGAUGUGAGCCACCUGCCCUCAAACGAGUACCUGCCUCCUCAGGCUGCUGCUCCAUCUGCUGAGUACCUGCCACCCGCUCCCGUCCAGGUUGCUGCCCCAGCUCCCGCUCCAGUUCUCGAUGUGUCGGUCCCAGUUGAAGAGGCUGCCCCAGCUCAUGAGCUUGCUGAUGAUGGAUACCGUUACAAGACCCAGCGCCGUGUCGUCUACCGUCGUCAUUAAUUCUCAUCUGAAAUGGUUCACUAAGUGAUCAAUUUGUACUCAUUUUGGAGUGCAAGUUUAAUACAUAUAAGAAUACUUCCUCUUUUCGUUCACGAAAUAAAAUAUUACGAAAAUAAAA